AUGAAUGUGACCUUUGGCAAGUCGGACUCUUCCGCCGCCGCCCCGAGGCAGAUUCGCUUCGUCCACAACCAAGGCCAACCGCCCUCCAAGCGCCGCAGGAUCAACGCCGCACGUCGCAAGACGCGCUGCGACGGCGAACGCCCGACUUGCUCGACUUGCUCCAAAAACGGCCACAGGUGCCUGGGCUAUCCCGACGAGUCCAAGCGCGACGGCCCCGAUGCUGGCGACCACACCGUUGACGACAACGAGCACGACCAAGCUGCGACGGCAGCGUCUACUACUCGCCCUCGUCCCGAUCUGUCAACCGGCGCUGGCACAACGGUUCGUGAUACCGGAGAUCGCGAUACCACCGCCCGAGCUCCUCAGCUCCACGUCGACCCGCGUUCUCGUCCCUCCUCAGCCCAGCUACCGAUACUCCCUCCACAUCAUUCCACGGCUGCCACGGCUGCUACUCCCGCGAACGCCCAGGUUGCCCUUUCAGGCCCCGAUCCAUCACCCUCGGCAUCGUCCUACCAGCCGCCCCAGACAGCGUCCACAGAUGACCUACCAUCUUCCCCAACAGCUCUUCGCCGCACGCAAAGCUACAAUUAUCGUAUCCCCUACUUUCGCUACUUUGGUCCCACCGCCAUCGUCCCCGGCUUCAAGCAAAUGGUCGUCUCCGUGCGCGACCGUCGCCUGUCCACCUCGUGCGCCGGCUCCCACCCAGGCACAUCGCCCCUGUCUACCCACAGCGCCGCCUUCGCUACCAGCUCUGCCGCCAACAGCGACGUCGUAGUCGACGACUUGCCCUCGUACGACCCCAACGCCCCCGGGCCCGUUCACCCGCUCCUUCUCCAUCUCGUCGAGCUCUUCUUCACCCAUGUCGGCUGCAACUUUCCCUUUCUCAAGCGGGAAAAGGCCCUUCGCCAUAUCCGCGAGAAGAGGGUUGAGCCCAUCCUCGUCGACUCCAUCUGUGCCCUCGCCGCCCGCUUCUCUGACUCGCCGUCGUUGACCGGCGGCAAUGACAAGAUGCCCCGCACCGAACGCGGCAACGCCUUUGCCCAGCGCGCCAAGCAGGCAACCGUCGACACCUUUGCCUGCCCUAGCGUUGAGGCCGUCCAAGCCUGCCUUCUCAUGGCAUAUGAGGGCUUCGGCUCCAACCAGGACAGUGCUCUGUGGAUGUAUCUUGGCCUGGCUAUCCGCAUGGCUAUAGACCUCGGGCUGCAGAAGCGCGUGGGCAUCAAGUAUCAGGGCGAAAAGGAUCCUUGGAACACGCAGCAACGCAGCCGAGGGGCUAACGACUCGGAGAGCCCAGAGGACCACCGGCGCGAUGACGGGGACCUCAGCGAAACGGGGCAGAGAGAGCUGGAGCAGGAACGAAUCGACACAUUCUGGGCCGUCUUUGUCCUGGAUCGCAUCAUUUCUUCGGGAACAGGUCGUCCUGUCACGCUACGCGACGGUGACUUUGAGCUGCCGUUUCCAGAACCCACCACCGAUCUCAGUACCGGUUGGCCGACGCUCUUUCCCGUGCUUGUGCAAAUCAUUCACCUCUACGGGCAGGUGUCCGAUGUGCUCAACAACAUCCACCACCCCGACGACCUCACCCAGAAGCGCUGGGGGGAGCUCAGCGAAAUGGAGCACAAGCUCACACGGCUGUACAAGAACUGGGGUCACAGGUUGCAAUUCAACGUUAACAACUUCAAGCACUACCUGAAGGACGGCCAAGGCAACAUCUUUAUCCUGCUGCACCUCUGGUUCCAUGCCCUCUUUAUCAACCUGCAUCAGCCGACAGUCCUUAUGACCUUUAGUGAGCUGCGCAGCGAGCUCCAGCUGCUGCCUGAUAGCCGUGAGCUAAGCAUGAGCAGCGCCAAGACCAUUUGCGACAUCCUUUCAUUUACAGACCUGAUCGAUCCAAAGAGCUUCAUUGGGAAUCCUUUCACUAGUCAGCCCAUUUACAUUGCCGCUGGCGCAUUCCUCAUGGAGUCCAGUGCCAGCGCCUCGGAAGGCCCAUCGCGCGAGGCCUCGCCGCCGCCAGUCACAGACCGCAAGAGCGCUGCCGCCGCACGUGGACGGUCAUCGCGCCACUCAAUAUUCGCUUCGGCCGCCACCCAGAACUACCAGCGCUGCUACAACUCUCUGGCGGAAAUCCACAGCUGCUGGGGCGGCAUCAAGUACAUUCUGACGGCGCUGGACCAAAAGUCCAAAGGCAUGCGCGACGUCGAGACAUACACCACUGAAGAAUACGAGAGCACCAAGGUGAUGAUGCUGCCACCACCUGUGCAGGCGAGCAUUGGCGACCAACUCAGCCGCCUUAACAACCAGGGCUCGCCCAUACCUCCCGGCGCAUUCGCGUGGAGCUUCUCCGGCACAGCCAAUUCGCCAAACUCCAACUUUACCGCGAUGUAUCAGGCCGCCGCCCCGGGCAACAACAGCGCUCCCCAAAGUGGUGCCGCGUCCGGACCCUCCAAGGCACCGGCACCGGCGGCCUCAUCCUCGGCUAGGCCGCCGCCGCUCGCCGUCUCCCGCGAGGAGGGCAACACGCCCCCUGGCAACAUGGUUUACGACCCGAUCCGCCAAACACAGACGAGCACCAUGUUCCCGCCAGCGGUCCCACAACCAAACCUCUCAGCGUUACGGCACUCGCCGCAGCAGGGCACUCCUGGCGCAGGCAGGCUAGCGCCCAAUGGCCUGCGGUUCGACGGCAUAAACGAUGAGGCCAAGAUGUUUGCGACGCCACACCCCAUUUAUACGCCGACGAGCCAGCCUUCGAACCCGUAUGACGCGGCUGGCGCUGCCUUUGGCGCCUCGCCGCCAGCGGCAGCCGCCGAUGGCAGCCAGGCCACCUCGGCCGCCCUGUAUGCGAGCAUGGCGUCACAGUUUGGCACAUGGGGCGGCGGGCCCAUGAUGGGCCAGAUGGACGGCAUCACUUUUAACAGCCGCGACAUUGACAUUGAGGAGCUGGGGCUCCAGCAGGACCUGGUCAGCGGCUCGUGGCUGGACCUGACGACAGACAUGCUGGGAGGGUUGUUUGAGAGCCCAGAGCUGAACCAUCACCAUCAUCCGGGAAACUAA